AACGUUCAACCGUUCAGAAAGCAACAGCAAGUUCGUCCAUCAGCGCGGAUCGCUGCACCAUUCGCGAACCGGUUUAUUGUUAUUAUUCAUCGUUUCUUUUGCCGUUUUCGUGUUUUUGUGACUUGACUAUCUCUAUCUCGGGAGCUACGCAACUCCACCCAUCUAUCCCCUCAUUGCCCCGAGCCAGUUUCGCACUUACUCACUUAGUGACCUGUUGCAGUUUGCUUGAUUAAAAGCUCAUUUUCCCCGGAAAGUGGAUUCUUCUUGUUAUCACAUUAUCACCCCCUAAUGGACACGCUGAACAAAGAUGUUGGCUUCCGUACUGAAUCGGAUACCUUCGGCGAGCUGAAGGUGCCCAACGACAAGUAUUAUGGCGCCCAGACUGUGCGUUCGACGAUGAACUUCCCCAUCGGAGGACCCACCGAACGUAUGCCGCAACCGGUCAUCACAGCCAUGGGUAUUCUGAAGAAGGCGGCUGCCCUCGUAAACAAGGAGUACGGUCUGGAUCCGAAGAUUGCCGAUGCCAUCUCGCUGGCAGCUGACGAUGUCAUCUCCGGCAAACUGUACGAUGACCAUUUCCCACUGGUCAUCUGGCAAACCGGAUCCGGUACCCAGAGCAACAUGAACGUCAACGAAGUCAUUAGCAACCGUGCCAUCGAACUGCUUGGUGGUACCCUGGGUUCAAAGACCCCAGUGCACCCGAAUGACCACGUGAACAAAUCGCAAUCAUCGAACGAUACCUUCCCAACUGCCAUCCACAUUUCGGUGGCUCGGGAACUUACCGGAAACCUGAAACCCGCCAUCCAAAUCCUGCACGACGCCCUGAAGGCCAAGUCCAACGAAUUUAAGGACAUCAUCAAGAUCGGUCGUACUCACACACAGGACGCCGUCCCUCUAACCCUGGGACAGGAAUUCAGCGGAUACGUUCAGCAGAUGGAAUUCGCUCUGCAGCGAAUCGAAUCCGUACUCCCGCGCGUGUACAUGCUGGCUCUCGGCGGAACGGCCGUCGGAACCGGUCUGAACACUCGCAUCGGCUUCGCCGAAAAGUGCGCUGCCAAGAUUGCCGAACUCACCAGUCUGCCGUUCGUCACUGCCCCCAACAAGUUCGAAGCGCUGGCCGCUCGUGACGCCAUGGUGGAGGUUUCCGGCUGUCUGAACACCAUUGCCGUCAGCUGUAUGAAGAUCGCCAACGACAUCCGGUUCCUGGGAUCGGGACCUCGUUGCGGUCUCGGAGAACUGAGCCUGCCGGAGAAUGAACCCGGAAGCUCGAUCAUGCCCGGCAAGGUCAAUCCAACCCAGUGCGAAGCAAUGACCAUGGUUUGCGCUCAGGUCAUGGGUAACAACGUGGCCGUCACCGUCGGUGGAUCCAACGGACACUUCGAGCUGAACGUGUUCAAACCGUUGGUGGUGUCCAACGUGCUGCGAUCGAUUCGGUUGUUGUCGGACAGUGCCCGCACCUUCACCAAGAACUGCGUCGUCGGAAUCGAAGCGAACCGGGCCAACAUCGACAAGAUCAUGAACGAAUCGUUGAUGUUGGUGACGGCCCUCAAUCCGCACAUUGGCUACGACAAGGCGGCCAAGAUCGCCAAGACGGCCCACAAGGAGGGAACCACGCUCAAGCAGGCUGCCCUCAAUCUGGGCUACCUGACGGAGGAGCAGUUCAACGAGUGGGUCCGCCCGGAGAACAUGCUGGGACCGAAGUAAGCCGAGCAUCGUGUCGCGGUGAGUGGAAUACCUCAGUUUUCUUAAUUGCCUUUUUCAUUGUAUUUCGGAGCGUUAUCAUACUUAUAAUGUUACAAAAACGAUCGGGAAUGUCUCAUCAUAAAGCGAACAUCAUACU